GUCUAGUCUUGUAAUUACCCUUAGUAAUGAUAAUACUAAGUUCAAGCCAGGAUUUUAUUUUUGGUCAUUGAAAACCCUUCUAUCAGUAUUCUUUCAGUAUUAUCUAUAGCUUUAGUUUAAAUAAAUAUAUUUAUUACAGAAGAUUUCUACUGAAGCACAUAGAGAAUUUAUUCUCGAAAUGUUUCCUGAUAUUGAAGACUUGAGAAGAGUAACUUCGAGCGAUUGGCGCACAGAAUUUGAAAGAAUAAUUAAGAUGCAACUUUCCCGACCGCAUAAAGAGCCGGCUACAUCCCUUGAAAAUGUGAAUGACAGUAGGAGGAUUACGACGCUGCAGGCUGAAAAUCAGCACUAUCAGAAAUUAAUAGACGAUACGGACAAACUGUUGAACAAUCUUCAGUUGCACAUAGCGAAUGAAGAAAUAAAAUGGAGAAGCCAAUUAGUUGCGAAAGACUCGGAAUUGCAAAGGUUAAAUGGUGACGUAUCUAAGUUAUUAGAAAAAGUAGCCAGUUUGGAAAGUCAGGUUCUCGAGGAAAGAACUCGCAGUAACAGAUUGUUAGGUGAUGGGAUUCAAAUUCGUAACAAAAACGAAACAAAAGUAAUACAUUCCGAUGCCACCUCUAUAAUUGAAAAGCUCUCAGAGGAAGUGGAUCGCUUGCGAGAGCAGUUGAGGUUAGAAGACAGUAAAAAGAGUGAUAUUGAUAUGUAUCAGAAAGCACAAAAUUACAUUUCUAAUUCGACAAAUGGAUCAGUAACCACUGAGUCUGUUGUUUUAGGAUGUCACCAGCUAAUCUAGAGCGAGUUACCUAUACAGAUGCCUUAGCAUUUGUACUUCUACUUAUUAAAACACUUAAAUAAUUAAUAUAUUUAUUGUUACUCUUAUUUGCAUAUAAUUUUCUUGGCCUUUCAUUUUUUAAAAACGUUUUGUGCAAUAAUUAAGAAGUUAUACUGUCAUUAUUAUAGCCAGUUUAUUAUAAUUUGUAUUUUGUAAUUAAAGUUAUUUUUAAUUACCACAUUUUUACAUAAACAAGCUGUAUUUUGCCUUAUCUGUAGCAAAAAAGACCUGCCAUUUUAGAUAAUGUUUCCUUUAAUUUUCACACCAAAUUUUCUUUAAAAAAUGUUAUAUUUGUAUACAAAGGAUAGAAUUUGACUAACACUGCUUCACCAGUCUGAACAUCAGUACUUUUGCUAAAACAACUACCGUUAUAUGACGCAUCAAAAUUUUUGGCAAAUUAGAUUAUUUCUCAGUAAAAAUAACCUCAUAAAUACUAGUUUUCAAAAGUUAUUUACA